AUGACCAGGAGCGAACAUCCGUUAGACGUUCACGUAAUCUCUUCACUGCUCUUUAAUUAUGUAACUCUCCUUGCUCCCUUUUCUUGGCUAUCAUGUAACUCACGUGUCGUAUCCUCGGAGUCGGUGCAACCGGACCGUUACUGCCUGGACGAUGUAUGUAGCAAAGGAGUCGCCUCUUCAUUAGGACCACCGUUCCACGUGAAAGGGGAAGGGGUUGAAGGGUUGAGCGACUACGCUCGUCUUACGCGUCGUGGUCGUGUCUUACGCGAGACGCUUAAGACACUCUCCUCGACGCUUAAGAUACGCACCAAGAAGCAGGGGCUAGGCGCUUAG